AAACAGUACAAGCUUUUCAAAAAGUGUUUCCAAAGGAAUUAUCUCCAGAAAGUGUGUGUGGAAAUGGUGUAGAUUAAGUGCUAGAAUCUAGGGAAUUUAAUGCUUCAAGUUAUUUGGUCGCAUUGCAGGGAGUGAGGGCCUUUCUCAAUGGCUUGAGAACCCAACAUAUCCUAACACCACUCUAUCGUGGAACAUUGUUUAUGAUGAUAUGGAACUGCAAAACUAUGAAUGUUCUUGCCAUAAAAAAUUUUUUAUACUGACUUGGAUUUUAAUUGUUUGGUAGGGAGUGACAUGAUUGAGCAGGACAUUUAUAGAUCUUCAAGUUACUAUAUUGCAUUGGGUAAUUUGAACUCAGGGGAUGUGAAGUGUCAGGUGGAAUUAAACCUCACAAUCAGGGCUUUCAUUUACGAUACAACUGAAGCUUACUACAAGUGUACCUUCACUGAUGGGCUGUGUAACUUGAGUAUCUUGUUUCAUCAGGGAAAUUCUGUUGUCUUGACUUCUUUUGGUCCAGAACAGAUGACUGGUCUGUCAGACUGUCAUAUGGACCAAGAUGGAUUACAUAUAUUGUUGGCAUUGGUAGAGUUCUUUCUUUUGGUUACUCUUAUUACAACCUUUACUAACAUACCGUCUUUAAAUACUAUUUUUCUCCUGAAAGGUGGAAUGAGUGCAGUUAUGUUGGUUGCCAUUAACUGCUUGAUUAAGUUUCAAUAUAGUCGUGAAGAUGAAACGAGUGUUUCUUACCGUUCCACAAGAGCCCCUCUGCUUUCUAGCAAAGAUGAUGACAUCUCAAGUUGGGGUUCAUCUUAUGAUUCUGUCUCAAGUGAUGAAGCAGAUCUUGAAGACUCUCUGGCAGUUUCUGUUGAAGGGACAUCAACAAGAAAUGGUGAAAACAGUAACAAUACCCAGCGACUUUAUGCAAUUUGCUUUGAUGCUCCAAGGGAAUGCUUCUUCCUUCCAUGUGGGCACUGUGCGGCUUGCUAUGCAUGUGGAACUCGAAUAGCAGGGGCUUUUGGAACUUGCCCCAUUUGCCGUCAGAACAUGAAAAAAGUGGGGAAGAUUUUCACAGUAUAAUGCGGCACUUGCACAGCCUGCUUCAAUGAGUUGUUGCAUGCUGUACAUUUUUUUAUAGGUAACUGAUUUUUAUGCUGAUGGAUGCCUCAAUCAAGAAAAUGACAUUCCGAAUGGGUCAUCACAUCAGCAUAGUUUUUUUAAUGUGGAAAGAACGAAUGAGCCAUGCAUUUUGUUUCCCUGAGUGGCCCCUCCACCAUGUAUUACUCUCAUAAUUGGUAUACAAUGUCCAAGCAUGCUUUUGGUCAAAAUGAGUUGAAUAAUAAUCAAAGAUAAUUAAUAAAUAAAAGAUAAAGAUGAGUGUAAAGCAUUUCAUGAAUGGAAAAAAUUGACAGAAGAGAGAGAGCAAAGAUUUGUUUCUUCUUGCAGGAGGAAAUGGAGUGGUGCGGUUGUAAGAAAGUCAAAAGUAUAUUGACAAGCAUCAAGUGUUUGACGAUUAACGAAGACAAGUUGAAGACGCUUUCCUUCUUUUCCAACUUUAGAACGUGGAAUGAAAAUCAUACUUGCCACAGAUUGGAAAGGAGCGGCGGCCUUUGCUGCCUCCCUUGCCAGCCUCUUUAUAUACUUUUUUUUUAAUCUUCUCUAUGUAUUUAGAAAAACAAAAUAAACCAUAUUCAUGA